GAGAGAAAAUGCUUUAAUUAACGUUGACACAUACUUCACAAACCCGUGCGAGACAGCACUAAUAGUAGCUUCAUUAAUACACUGUUACAUGUUCUUGUUUAACUUUGUGAAAAGUAACGUUAACAUUUCUCAGCGCGCCAACGGUUUACACGGCCCUGAGCUAUAAUUAUAUAUUUCUGUCCUCGAUAUCUGUGUUCUCCCAUCGAAAAGGAAAUGCGUUUUAUGCCCAUUCCCGAGGGGCUAUGACAGCCCUUAUACCCCGAUUAGUCCCGCCCACGCCUGGUCUAUCUCGUUCUCAGGCAUUUGCAUGUAAAAACAUAAAUCACAGAAAACUACAUUCUGUCAAAAUAAGGAAUACAGCAACAGUUCGGGAUUAUAGUGAAUUAGAAGUGUAGGGCAAACCGCGUGAAUAAAACGAUGGGAAAGAGUCUGGAAUAUGGGGGAAUCUAUGGAAAAGCUGCAGAGUUGACCAAGUUGAAGGAGAACAGUUUGGGAAAACUUUAGCACUUCUUCGUGCAUGGAUGCGAUUCGAGAAGACAUGUAAGGUCAGCAUGCAGGAGAGUUCUCUCUCACGUUGUUUAAUUCACUGUCGUUGUAGUGUAAUUCAUUGUCGUUUUAGUGUAAACGCUGGUUUCUUGUUUUGAGACUCUUAAUUAGAGUAGAGAGAAAAAGACUGCAGCAGAUUGUGGUUAAAAGUGUAGCCUAUUGUACUAGCUCAAUUGAAAAGGGGUGAAAGCCUAGCCACUGUGGAAGAAAAAGUGCUUUACCACAAUGAAUUAACAGAAGGAGAGAACAUAACAAAAAUACAAUGGCAGAAACGGAGACAGAGAAGGUGUAUAGCAGGGUCUCUUUCAAAAAGUUUGAAAGUUGGAGCUCAAACAAAAGUCGCUGUGAAAAUCAACAAAACAAAUCAAAGGAUUUGGAGAGCAGUAGCAGCGCCCUUCCCCCUCCAUCUACGGCUGCGGCAGAGAAAGCGCAGCCCUCGGCUAUGCGUAAUGUUAGUGUGUCAAGGAAAGUUUCCAAAAUCUCCGCUGCCAGCCUCGACACCGCAGAGCUAAAGAAAGCCUCUUCCACUCCGCUCUCCUCCAUUUCUCCCUCUAUUCGCCAACUCACUGAAAAGUUCAGUAGCACUAAUUCGGCUCGGAAUCACGGAGCCCUGAGCCCUGGCAGUAACGUGGCCGGGAAGAGCACAACUUUACCCCGAUUUAAAAGCAGAAGGGGAGAGAGAUCCCCGUCUCGGAAUUUAUUCCACGAGGACAGUGGAUAUUUACAAGUUACUGACACGGUGUUAACAGAGUCUCCGACUGACACUAAAGUUCAGCAACAAACGUUUUAUUCAGGCACAGACUCUGUCUCUGGGUCGGAUUCGGAUAGAAAUCAACAAUUGAUUUAUACUUGCAAAUCUGCUCAAGGCAGCAGCGUUGGGACUGGUAAAAGAGAUUAUUCCCAAAUUGAUCCGUCUAUCUCUGAUAACAAUAACUGCAGUGAAACGUUGAACGCUGAGGAUUAUGUUUUUGUCAGUGGGGCGCCUGCCUGCAAGUCACACAGGAGCUAUUUCCCAAGUCACCAUGGAGAUCCUCCUGUUCACAUUGAUUUAACCAACUGGCCCAGUGUCACCAAGAUCCGAGAGCUUUUUGGGGACAGACACAGAAAGAAGCACCGGUCCACCUCUGAUGCAGAGGAUUUAAAGUCUGCUGACCACCUCGAGCUCUUCACCAUCUCCAAAGAGAACUCUGUAUCAGACAGAAGCGACAGGCAGUCUCCCAACAGCCCGACCCCUGAAGCCACUAGCCUCUCACUGUCAGACAGACACCGCAGCAGGGCUGCCUCCCUGGGCAGAGAGAGGAGACACCAGGGCAUGGACUCAGCCUUUCACCCUGACCAGCACUACUCAGACAAGGCAGAGAUUGAGCCAGCCAGCGCUAGUAUUAGUAGAAGUGGUAUGUUUCUUAGGGUGGCGCAGCCAUCAAACACGCACAGACCCCACAGCCCCAGCAGUGGAGGAGAGGGGCCUGAGACCCGUCCAUCUAGUCUGAACUCUGACCCUCCACCCUCUGUCCUAGCCGCUGGCCCCACCUCCCCACCUCGGAGCAGCUCCAGGGGCCUCUCCUCAUCCUGUUUCUGCCCCUCUGUAGAGCAGCAGCAGAGCCAGGGGGCCGGGCAGCCCAGGGACAGUUUACAUUCCUCACAUAGCUUCUCCAGACCGGUGGCCCCCUCCUCUGAUAGAGCCUCAGCCAGGGCAGCCAUCACAGCCCGCUGGAGGUUCAGCUCAGGAGACGAAGAAGAGGAGUACCACCGAGCAGGAGGAAGGAGCGCUCCCUCGUUAGGUGUCAGUGGAAGUUCCCUCUCCCGCGGUAAGAAUGGUUGGUGGGGUGGAAAGGUCCCCGGAAGGUCUUCAGGCAGUGAAGAGGACAGCCCUGCGUCACUAGGACCUAGCCGAGACACCAUGCGACGCCGUUCACUGAGGAAGAAGAAGAAGAACAGCGAAGUUGCCAUAGCAACGGGACGAGACAAUGGUGAAUCGGACGACAGCGACGACGAGCAGACAGGUAUGAUGGAACACCUGGAGAGACACCAACAGAACACCGCCGCCACUACAGAACAGGCUGGUAGCUCUCGGAACCGGCUCAGAGAACCCGAAGGCUCUAGAAACAAUGCAGCGCAGAGGGGACGCAAUUACACUCCUAACCAGAUGGUGGCGCAGGAGAGCUACAGACGCCAAUACACCUCAGGUGGGCCGGGGACAUCAUCUCCCUUGACCACGCCCCUCACAGGGGUAUCACGGGUGUCAAAGGUCAACAUCUCAUCGUUUAUUUCGAGUCCCGGCGGAUCGCAGACCAGCAGUAGAUACUGUAGCACAGAGACACUGAAAGAAGACCAAGCUAGCUAUGCUAACAGAAUGGCUAACACUACUACUACCACCACCCCAGGCAGUGUGGUCGGUGCAUCCUCCUCCAUGCUCAGUAAGACCUACCACGGUAACUUCACCAUGUACCGCUCCCCCAGCUUCGGACAUGGGGAUAACUUAUCCCGCGCCCCUGUUAGAGUCUGCCCCCACCUUCUUCCCCCUGUCAAUCCACCAUCUCCAGCCACAGGGGACACUCGAGGGGUUACUAGGGAGGAGACUACAGUGUUCCAGCGGUUGAUAAGUGGUGGUGUAGUCGGGGAUAAGGACAGGAACAGGAUGUCAAUGUCAAACCCGGAUAUUGCUUCGGAAACAAUGUCCCUCCUCAGCUUCCUGAAAAGUGACCUAUCAGAGCUCAGAGUUCGAAAGACGGACAGGUCAGGGGUUACUGAGGGGUCAUCUGCGGUGUACAGGAUGGGGUCAAGAGGUCUCCACCCAGGACUCCGCCCUUCAUUAAAGGACCUCACUGCAACUCUUCGACGCGCCAAAUCCUUCACUUACUCUGAUAAACCAGAAGGGAGGCAACAUUCAGAUGGGUCCUCGGCCAAAAGAAGCUCUUCUGAGCAACGUCUGGAUUUAGACGGAGAGCGUGAUGGUGGGAGGAGGGUGGUGCCGGCCAGAGAGGUGGAGAGUGACGGAGGGGACUGCAGAGCAGGGGGUUAUGGGGAUGAGGAAGUGAUGCCUACUCCGCUGCAGGACAGGUAUGUACAGGAGGCCAGACAGGUGAUCAGAGAUAUCUGCCAGAUGAGCGCUCGCAAGGAUGAUGAUAACGAGGAUGAUCUGCUAGCGACAGAUUCCACUGAGGAUGAGGGUUUCAAAAGGAAACAAGUGGAGGAGCAGGAGACAAAAGAGAGGGAGGGGAGAGCUAGGGAGGCUGAGGUUGACAUUGGGGCAGCCUCCAUUUCAGGGGAACAAGAGAAGAGGGAGGGGGAAUGUGAAAACAGAGAACGAGAGAAGUGCCUACAGAAGGGAGAUUCUGAGGAGAACGUGUUUUAUGACCGAUUUGUUGAUGAGCUAUCGGGUCACGAGUCAAGCCUCACAGAUGAGGGCAUAGUCACAGAACCAGAGACUGGACCUGGUGACCCUGAGAGGUUAUUUGUGGGGUCAAGUUUAGGAUCAUCUUUGGCCAGAGAUGUGCUAGGUCAACCCCUGACUGUCUGGAAGCAGUCUGCUCUGCAUGAGGAGAAAUGGCCAGAGUUAAACGAGGGAAUGCGAGAGGGAUCGGGGUUAUACGCAGGAGCGAGAGAGAAACGAGAGAACCUGGUCUCUGUUCCUGCUCUUGGGACUGAGACUGAGAACAUUGAUGUAGUAACAGAGAUGAGCAGCGUCAACAACAACAGUACUAGUGGGAGGACUAAUGUAUCCCAGAGUGCCUCAGCCCCAGGACUUGAGGCUCCUCCCACUCCGAGUGCUAUCCGCCGCCGCCGUAAGUUCUCCUCCGCAGGGAACACAGGCUCUGACUCCAGCAAUGGCAGCAACGGGGAGUCCAACGGGGAUCCUACUGUUUACCGUUCGCUAAGUGACCCCAUGCCUCACCGGCGCCACUCUGUGUCAGAAGAAGGGAAUAACAGUUUCUCUGUGGAUAGUAACCUGCUGGGGUCGCUCUCUCUCUCCUCCAAGGGGGCGGGAGGAGUCGGAGGAGGAAGUGUCCCAGAGUCGUCCUCUGCAGCUGAUCUAUCAGAGUGCACGGGCAGCGUGACCAGCGAGCUAUCGGUGUGCAGUGACGGUGGUCUCCGUGACGAUAGUCUCCGUGACGACUACAGCAAUGUGAUCCGGAGCAUUGUUGCAGAGCCAGGAGCAAUGGACAGAUUGAUGACGGAUGACAAAAACAACGGGAAAGCCACGAAGAAGAAGUCCUUCUCGGACCCCAGUCGCCGUGGUGAUGGCCACCUGCUUGACGAAUCAGGGUUCAAAAGUCACCAUCACCCCAACGAACCAAUCAGUGAGCUGGAUCAGCUUGGUCAGAUCCCGCCCUCCAGCAGUGAGCCAAUCCUGAGUGAGCAGAGAGACGAGCUGUGGGAGCUGGGAGACGAACGUGGACGUCCAUUACGUAGUCGCCUUGUCAACAAUGAAGGUGGCAAACUCCGCUCCCAAUCAGAACGGGAGCUGCACUCCUGUCUCUAUGGUGAUGACACAGAUGGAGGGGGAGGGGGGCAGAUAUUGAACUUUGACCCCGAACUUGCGGAGGUUCUAUCUCCCAAAAUGGGCCGGCGGGCCUCCAGGAAACGCCCCAACCGAGUUGCACAAACAGCAUCGGAGGAGCUGGACCACUCGGAACCAGGUCCAGAAGACCACGGUCCAGAGGAGAGCCAGGAUCAAGACCAGACUGAGCUCAACCCCCCACUGCCCCCGCCUCCCCCCAAAUCCAAGGCCAGGUCCAAGCACGUCCGCCACGCCAGCGAACCUGCCACCUUCGUCCCUAUCUCCCCACCUCCACAGCCCCCGCCUGCCUUGCUACCCUCCUCUGAACCCUCCAUCCUGGGUCAGCCCACUGGUGUGGAGGCCCCCUCCCUGGAGGAUGUGACCAAGCGGUAUAUUCUGGCUCUGAAUGCUCCUGGGUGCGAGGGGGAGCCGUCCGGGCCUGGGUCUGGAGGAACGGUGCCUGUACCAGACAGGUCCAACUCCAGCCCUGCUACUCCCACUGGUGCCAGAGAACCCAGACUGCAGAGGAAGAGCAGUGAGGAGCUGACCACACCAGCCCCACAGAGAGCCAAACCCAGAGUGGAUAUGAGAAGACAUGUCGUGAUGACCCUCCUGGACACUGAGCAGUCUUAUGUGGAGUCGCUCCGGACACUCAUACAGGGCUAUAUGCGGCCUCUGAAGCAGCCAGACAGUGGAUCACUAGUUGAUCCCUCAUUGGUGGAUGAGAUGUUCUAUCAGAUCCCAGAGAUCCUGGAGCACCAUGAGCACUUCCUGGAACAGGUCACCGGCUGCAUCAGCCAAUGGCACGACAAACAGACCGUGGGUCAGCUGCUUAUCCAAUCGUUCUCCAAAGAGAUUCUUGCUAAUAUUUAUUCAGCAUACAUCGAAAACUUUCUGAACGCCAAAGACGCAGUGAGGAUCGCAAAGGAGGCCAAGCCGGCAUUCCUCAAGUUCCUGGAGACCAGUAUGCGUGAGAACAAGGAGAAGCAGGCCCUGGGUGAUCUGAUGAUCAAGCCUGUCCAGAGGAUCCCCCGUUAUGAGCUGUUGGUCAAGGAUCUGUUGAAGCACACUCCCGAGGAACAUCCAGACCACCCAUUGCUAUUGGACGCCCAGAGAGACAUCAAGCGAUUGGCUGAGAAGAUCAAUAAGGGGCGUCGCUCUGCGGAGGAGGUGGAGAAAGAGACACGCGUCAUGCAGGAGAUAGAAGCCCACAUCGAGGGAGUAGAACACGUCAGAGAUAUCCUCAACCCAAUGAGGAAGUUCCUGAGACAGGAGAUGGUGAUGGAGGCGAAGACCGUGGGGGGUAAGAAGGACCGUUCUCUCUUCCUCUUCAGUGAUCUGCUCAUCUGCACCACCCUAAAGAGGAAGUCUGGAUCCCUGAGACGCAGCUCCAUGAGCCUGUACUCUGCUGCCAGUGUGAUCGACACUUCCAGUAAAUAUAAGUUCCUGUGGAAACUUCCCCUAGAGGAUGUGGAGAUUGUGAAAAGCCCCUCCCAGGCAACCAACAAAGAGACCAUCCAGAAGAUGAUUGGUCGACUGGACGAGGACCUGAGUACACUGGGACACAUCAGCAAACUAUCAGAGACUCUCAGCUUCCCUCACCAGUCUCUGGAUGAUGUGAUAAAGGACCUGAUGACGUCGGUCCACAGGGAGCUUGCAGAGAAACAGUCUCUAGCCUUCAGUAUGAGCUUCCUGCCCACCAAGCUGGAGCUGACCACUGCCUCGGCAGAAACCAGCUUCGUCUUCGAGUUCAGCUCCCCAGACACACGCAGUAACUUCCAACAGGCCUUCGAAGAUGCCAAGAAGCAACUGGCAAUGAAUAAGGACCAGUGGGACCCAGAGUUCCUGAAGGCUAUCCCCAUUAUGAAGACUCGUAGUGGGAUGCAGUUCUCCUGUGCCUCCCCCAGCCACAGUUGUCCAGAGAGCAGCAGUGAGGUGUGGGUGUGUAACAGUGAUGGUUACGUGGGCCAGGUGUGUCUGCUCAACAUCAGAGACCAGCCUACUGUAGAGGCCUGUAUAGCUGUCUGCUCUGCUAGGAUCAUCUGCAUCGCCGCGGUCCCUGGACUCAAGGGGAGGGAACGUGGAGUGGACCCCUUCCCUGCCCCUCCCCGUGUAGCUGUCGACUCCACCCCAUCCCAGCAGCAGCUACACAUCUCUAUUUCUCAUUCGUCGCUGCAGCUGACCGAGCCCCCUUCAGGGGCGGGUCCAGAGUUAGUUCCGUUUGACAGUGAUGACACGGACGAUGAAGAUUCUCCUAGCCCCUCCUCCACUCUGCAGAGCCAAGCCAGUCACUCUACUGUGUCAUCCAGCUAUGGCAAUGAGGAGGGGUCUGGUUCUAAGGACAUGGCUACAGAGACCACCAGUAGUGAGGAGGAGCAGGACUACCCAGAGGCCAGUCCUUAUGGAGCUCCAGGCAGGCCAGGGGUGGGUGGAAGAGGUCGACCCCACAGCGA